AAUUUGUACAUGAGUGAGGGGUUAGGGGUUGUAAAAGAACUUGCACAGCAUUAAAUUAAUACUAGCCACUAUGAUUAAUACUGAAUUUAAUGUCAAAUUUUCGUAUGGUUUGUGGUUUUGAUUCCGUGCUCAAGGCGUCGAACUCCUGGAGUAUUUUGAGCCGCUGGAUCUGUUUACCUGGUGAGUAGAUCAAUUGCGCAAGUUGGCGGUGAUGACCGUAAGGAGUCUAUGUCGUCGGCAUUUCCUGCUCUGCUCCCGUCGCGAUAUUUCGGCUCUUUCCUCUCUCUGUACACGUACAGAUUGAAAUUGCGAGGGGGACACAGAGCGAGAGAGCUGUGGAGGGAGGUUUUGGCGCAUCCAUGGCCGACGAUUUAGACGAACUCCUUGAUAGCGCUCUGGAUGACUUCCAGAAUCUUGAACUCACUUCUUCUGCUCAAAGGGCCGAAGAUGUUACAGAGAAGAAACCGUCCAUGCCUUGCGAGGUUCAAGGACUGGGCAUGGGUUUACCUGAUUUGAGAAGUAAGAAAAAGGGCAAGCAGAAGGUGUCCAAGGAAUCACACGUUUCAGAGGCUCUUGACAAGCUUAGAGAGCAGACGAGAGAGACUGUUAGGGGAUUAGAAUCGAUGACGGGUGCAAAAGCUGGCGAGGAUGAUUUUGGUAACGAUGCAAUUCUGGAGGAUUGGGUAAAGCAGUUCGAGGAGCUGGCCGGGUCUCAGGACAUGGAGUCUAUUGUGGAGACCAUGAUGCAACAGCUUUUGUCUAAGGAGAUCCUUCAUGAACCUAUGAAAGAAAUUGGAGACAGAUACCCAAAGUGGCUGGAAAAGCAUAGAGCUGGAUUGAGCAAAGAGGACUAUCAACGGUAUUCCCAGCAAUACAAACUCAUACAAGGUCUAAAUGAAGUUUAUGAAAAUGAUCCUGGGAACUUCACGAAGAUAGUUGAGCUCAUGCAAAAAAUGCAAGAUUGUGGUCAACCACCUAACGAUAUUGUGCAAGAGCUUGGUCCAGGCUUUGAUCUAGCAAGUCUAGGGCAGCUAUCUUCAGAGAUGGCUGAUUCUCAGUCAAAUUGUUGUGUAAUGUGAAGGAAUGUGUUUUCUUGUCGGCGGGCGACCUUGCACUCUCCCUCUUUCUCGCAUUAUCCUCUGUUCUGAAAAAAAUAAAAAAGGUUUACAAUAAAGUGGUUUUCACUUGAAAUUUAGUUAGAUUAUUUACCCUUCCCUUCCCUUCCCCAAUGGAAUUUGGCUCUCAAAUUUAAGGCAUUUUUUAUAUGGUUGGUUGUGUAUAAUUUUGAUUUUAUGUUUGAAUUGAUGCUUAAUUCUAGAGCCUUUUUUCCUGUGAUGUUUAUUUAUUUAUUUAUUUUUAUAAAAAAUAUAAUAUAAUUCUAUUUUGAAGCUGAA